AUGUGGUGGAGGGUCAUUUCGCCCUCCCUGCUGCGGGUGACCAGGACUAUCCAGAAGUCCCUCGUGGUACGACGUGCGCAAGACGGUAAAGACUCGGAUGACAGGGGUGCGGACACCGACCUAGUCGUCGGCGAUGACCCCGUCGACGGCGUCGUGCCCGGCGGCUCCGUCGAUGAAGCCGCCAGGAACUACAAGAAGGCCAAGGUUAACCUCCUCGGGGGGGCGGCGGCCGACGAGCGCACAAAGGUGAUGACGUGCGAGGAAUACGUCAUCUAUUCCGGGUACCGCCAGACCUCCUUCACCUGGCACAAUGGCAAGCGCUUCCGCGAGUGGGCCUCCGGUGAGGGCAAGAUCCCAAUCGAGCCUCCCCACAUCCAGGAGGCCUUUCGUAGGUUCCAACACAGGCCCAGGAAGAUGCGGCACACGCCUCUCAACAUCAUCUGA